AUGACCAAAGCGGCCGUUUACCCGUUUUCCCACUGGGUUGCGCUGUUCCGCCCCUCUGACGUCGCUGCCCCAGUCCCAAUACAGGAGAAAAGGAAAACAUGGCUUGCAGCCCGUGGCUCUCUGAUUAUCAAGGCCCAAUACGAGGUUGUUAUGGAUUCGCUUUCUGUUGGCCCGGGUGCCUUAGGCGUGGACUUAAGGACCGGUCUCUAUGUGAUACAGCUCGCAUGGCCCGGCUAA